AAAUCCAUUGAGUGGAGAGGAAGAAAAAACAUAAGACAUUACAUUUGCGAAGAAGAAGAAGUAAAGAGCCUCGGAGAAAUCGAAAUCGAAAUCGAAAUCGCAAUGAGUGAAGAAGGUCCCAAGCUUUUCACUAACAAACCCAAGAAGAAGGAUAUCAUCGCCCAGCUGAAGCACGUCAAAGCCAACGGAACCACCGCUCCACCAUCGAAUCCCGCUGCAGCGGCGGCGGCGGCUUCGUAUACGAUGGGCGGUGCUCCUCCUCCACCUCCGCCUCCGAAGGAAUCAUUCGCUCGAAGGUACAAAUACAUGUGGCCGCUUCUCCUCACCGUCAAUCUCGCCGUCGGAGGUUACCUUUUCUUUAGGACUAAGAAGAAGGACAUAGAAGAACCUGCAAGUGAAGAGAUAGCUGCUAAAUCAGGUUCAGUCGCAGCUCCUGUUACCAUUGAAAAUCCUGUGUCUUCUGCUGUGGUGGCUGAGCCAGUGGUGGUCAAGGCACGUGAGCCAAUACCGGAGAAGCAACAACGUGAGCUCUUCAAAUGGAUGUUGGAGGAGAAAAGGAAAGUAAAACCGCAAAACGCUGAAGAGAAGAAGAGGAUUGAUGAAGAAAAGGCGAUUCUGAAACAAUUCAUAGGAUCCAGAACUAUUCCUACUCUCUGAUUCAGUUUCAGCUUAUGUUGAUUUGGUUUCUGUUCUUAUUCUUGUGGAUGUUUUGCUUUUGGAGGAAGCAAAAGAACAGUUUGAAUGUUGAAAGCAGUAACUUUGGGGACUCAUC